ACUCUUUUUAUCUUCUGUUUCUUCUGUGCUCUUUUCUCGUGUUCUCUCCAGAAGUAGUUUCAAAAUAAUUUCUUCCAAGGGCUCUGCUCUCCAUCAGUAGCUUAGAAAGAGGGAGAGAAAGAUACGCCGCUAAAUAUAUACGUGUCCAUAAACAUUUGAAGAGAGAAAGGUUGAAGCCAUGGGGUGUUUCCUCUGCUCUCGCGAAUCGUCAACUUCCAAGGACACGAGGAAAACGAUUAUUGAUAGAAAAAUUAACCUGUCUGAAAGAACUGAUCAGGCCAAAAACUCACCAGAUACGCGUAAUGUUAGUUCGCCCAAAGUUGUGAAAGAGGAUCGCCCUAUUGCAAAUCCGGCUCAUGUGGAGACCUCAGCAAACGAAGCAGAUGUCGGUAGUAAGAGUUCUCGUGAUGGGGAGUCCAAAGCGCGGACUUUUACCUUUGCUAACUUAUCUGCGGCGACCCAGAAUUUCAAGGAAGAAAAUUUCCUCGGAGAAGGGGGAUUUGGAAGAGUUUAUAAAGGUCGUUUGCUGGACACUGGUGAGCUUGUGGCUGUCAAGCAGCUUGAUCGCAGUGGAUGUCAAGGGAUUAGGGAAUUCGUGGUUGAAGUUAUGACUUUAAGUAUGGCUGACCACCCCAAUCUUGUUAAGUUGAUCGGCUAUUGUGCUGAGGGUGAUCAGAGGCUGUUAGUCUAUGAGUACAUGCCUCUAGGAUCUCUCGAGGACCACUUACACGGUCCUAAACUGAAAAGGAAAAAGCUGGAUUGGAACAUAAGGAUGAAUAUAGCAGCUGGUGCAGCCCGGGGCUUAGAGUAUUUGCACGACAAGAUGAAAACUCCCAUUAUUUAUCGAGAUUUGAAGGGUUCCAAUAUAUUGUUAGGGGAUGGAUAUCAUCCCAAACUAUCUGACUUCGGUUUAGCUAAAGUCGGCCCUUCCGGUGAUCAGACUCAUGUCUCCACCAGAGUUAUGGGCACAUAUGGAUAUUGUGCCCCCGAUUAUGCAAUGACAGGUCAACUCACCUUCAAAUCAGAUAUCUAUAGUUUUGGUGUUGUUCUCCUAGAGAUCAUCACAGGCAGGAGAGCCAUUGACAAUAGAAAAUCUGGUCCAGAGGCAAAUCUAGUCUCAUGGGCAAGGCCGCUAUUCAAGGACCGCAAAAGAUUCCACCAAAUGGCUGAUCCGUCGUUGGAAGGGCAGUACCCGGUGAGAGGGCUGUACCAAGCUCUAGCAAUAGCUGCAAUGUGUGUCCAAGAGCAGCCAAACAUGAGGCCACUCGUUGCUGACAUUGUCACAGCCCUCAACUAUCUUGCCUCGCAGGCCUAUGACCCGAGUGUCCAUGGUGUCCAAGGCCCCGAAACUACGCGUAGCAGAUCAAAAGGAUAUGGCGAACGCAAAAACGACAACGACAACCAAGCCCGGGGACGGCAGAGUAUAUAGCUGCUUCCACUCUCACCACUUUUUACCAUCAGGGAGUUUACUCCCACUCAACUCUUUAUGUAAAUCCACACUUUUGGGGAGAGAUAGAUGUUUACAGGUUAUUAUAACAUCGGCUUUGCUAGUGUAUUUAACUAUUUAUUCAACAAUUUGUUGCUGCAUACAGACUACAGGGAUAUAGGGGCUGUUUUAGAGCUAUUAUUGCCUUGGUACUUUUAUGUUGGUUUUUACUUGGACGUGCAAAUGUGCAGCUUA